AUGCAAUCCGAUUCAGGAAAGGGCCGGAGGGUGGUGGUGAUCGGCGGUGGAGUCGCCGGCUCCUUGGCCUCCAAAUUUCUUCAGUUCGAUUCCGACGUUACCCUCAUCGAUCCGAAGGAGUACUUUGAGAUCACCUGGGCAAGUUUGAGGUCCAUGGUGGAGCCGUCUUUUGCUCAAAGAUCCGUAAUCAACCACAAGAAGUACCUACAAAAUGGCCGUGUUGUGACUUCUCCCGCGGUCAAUAUCACAGACACCCAUGUACUGACCGCAGAUGGACUUGAUUUUGGAUAUGAUUAUCUUGUUAUUGCUACGGGUCACAACGACGUGCUUCCCAAAACCAGGCAAGAGAAGCUAUCACAAUACCAAGCGGAAUAUGAGAAGAUCAAGUCUUCUGAGUCGAUUCUGAUUGUUGGUGGAGGCCCAUCGGGUGUUGAGCUUGCUGCAGAGAUUGCAGUCGACUUCCCGGAGAAGAAGGUUACUCUAGUACACAAUGGACCGAGAUUGCUGGAAUUUGUUGGUCAAAAAGCUGCAGACAAGGCGUUUGAGUGGCUAAAAUCGAGGAAAGUGGAAAUGAUAUUGAACCAAAGGGUGGAUCUGAAUUCUGCAUCGGACGGAAAUAAAUCAUACCGAACAUCAGGAGGAGAAACGAUACACGCAGAUUGCUAUUUCCUCUGCACCGGAAAACCAUUGUCUUCAGAAUGGCUAAAAGGAACUGACCUGAAAGAGAGCUUGGAUGGUAAAGGAAGGCUGAUGGUUGACGAGUACUUGAGAGUUAAGGGUCACAAGAAUGUAUUUGCGAUUGGAGAUAUUACUGAUAUCCCGGAGAUGAAGCAAGGGUACAUUGCUGAGAAACAUGCUUCUGUGGCUACAAAGAACAUAAAGCUGUUGAUGUCUGGUGGGAACGAGAGGAAGAUGUCAACCUACAAGCCAGGUUCGGACAUUGCCAUUAUAUCUUUAGGCCGAAAGGACUCGGUUGCUCAGUUUCCAUUCAUGACAGUCUCGGGUUGCGUCCCUGGGUUGAUCAAAUCUAAGGAUCUGUUUGUGGGGAAGACGAGGAAGGCAAGAGGACUGGAUCCUAACCUUGUGGAGCCUUGA